AAUUUCCCACAAGCUUGUACAAGAGACACAAGGUAUGGAACAGGAUAGUGUGAAGAACGAAGCAAUGUAAAGGCCCGAGGUCUCUCACGAGAGUUGAAGACCCGAGGAGAUGUUGAAGAUACCCUCACGUAACUACAAAGCACUGGUCGGAUCCUGGCCAAAGCGCCAUGCAGUCCUCGCCUCUAGGCACGACUUCACGAACAUUCAACGGGAGCAUCCAGUUGCGAGUACAUCAUGGCACCGUCCUCGGGGCUGGCGCGGACCGUCUUCAUAAACCCAGCUAAAGUUGUGGUAACAGCAUCGUGGCUCUACCCACUGAAGGGCAUCGUCUAUUUUGCAGGUCACUCAUUCCUAUGGCCCUUACUGCGAGCCCGUUUGCUCCCUGCCUUCCUGCUCAGUAUCUUUGUACUGUUUAACCUCUUCUUCUGGACCUACCUACCUCAAGUCGCUUUCCUCGCCAUCUUCCACCAUGCGGGCGCAUGGGUCAAUGGGACGUUUCUAGUGCUCGGGGAGGGUGCGGCGAUUGUGGCAUUACUCUUUGAAGCUUUUCUCGUGGAUGAGUCACAGCUUGAUACCUUCGACUCUAUAUUGGUUCAUAAAGGCUGGGAUGACUUGGUGGCUACCCGGAGGCCGGUUUCGAUUGAGGGCGAGAACCCGUUGAAAAGACUAGGGAAGCCAACUCGGUCUUCGGUGUAUGGCCCUUUCUCGCUGCGGCAGAUCGUGGAGUUCAUCGUCCUGCUACCCCUCAACUUCAUACCGUUUGUGGGGGUACCCCUAUUCUUGAUUCUUACCGGAUACCGUGCGGGGCCGUUGCAGCAUUGGCGAUACUUCCAGCUGCACGACUUGAACAAGAAGCAGAGGAACGCUUUCGUCAGAGGGCGGCGAUGGCAGUACACCUGGUUUGGAACUGUGGCACUGAUGCUACAACUUAUUCCAGUGCUUUCGAUGUUCUUUCUGAUGACGACAGCUGCAGGGUCGGCCCUCUGGGCUGCUGAUCUCGAAACCCAGCUGCAGCGAGAAGAGGCACAGAGCACGGCGGUGGACCCAGGCUACACGGACAACUCUCAAGAAGGUGUUGAAGACAAUUCUGUUUGAUUAAAGUAGCUGCUCUUAGAGGCCUUGCGAAUGAACCCUUUACAUACAAUGCCUUGUCAUUGAUAUCCGUGCACUCGUUUACCGCUGUAUGAGGAGCCUUACAGGAUUUCCAGCAUUUCCUGCCACUGUUUGUGGAGCACCGGGUAUACUUCUAAUAUGCGUAUAGCAUGUUGACGCUGUCUAGACCCGAGUUUCCUACUUGUCCAAAAUGCCCCACUUCUCUGUCAAUCAGGAGUCUACGAAUAUCUAUGACUAGGCACUGCAUUGCCACUGUUCGCUUUCAUUUCAGGACCAACAUGAUGUCGACUUCUUGACUUGAUUGAAUCGACUUGAUGUAAAAAGAUCAGUUCUUGGCGAGUAUUCAUGUUCUCUAACAUAUCCCAUG